CUGGGGGGAUGGAGGUGGGGGUCUCGCCAUCUGCUCGCUAUUCGCAGCGCCUGAUCCUGGAGCGCUCACCGCCGGAUGCCUUCCAGCGAGGUGUGCUUCACCAGCGUCGGCCGAGGCCGACGCCGACUCACGCUACGAUCGUGUGCGCUCGGCGGCCUGGGUGGCAAACACGAGGUCUUCCCACAAAAACGACGGACACGCCGAUGAUCAAGCCGAUGAUCUUCCGACGCACGCGCACCACUGAUACUCCCCUUCUCCAAAGAGGGCGCACUCUAACGAAUUAAACCGUACCCGUACGCUAAGCAACACGACGCGGUGCACGAUCACCUGCGUAUUUCCGCGCCGCGCAAGCGCAGACGCGCUCCGCGGGCCAGUGAGGGGGGCCUCUGCGCUGAUCCUAGAAAUCCAUGCGGACCUUCUUGGAGAAAUUACCGGCGUGAUGGAGAAGAGGAGGAGGAGGAGGAGGAGGAGGAGGAGGAGGAGGAGGAGGAGCGAGGAGCGAGGAGGGAGGAGGGAGGAAGGAUCCAUCGGAAUCGAAUCGGAGGCAUCGAGACGAGCCCUGCACGGCCCGAGCGCGCUGGAGCGCACUGCCCUGGGCCUGCGCAGGGCGCCGUGGGCAUCAAGGGGACCCAGCAGCCAAAAGCAGAACUGCGUGCGCGCCUCUCUCCCGGCCGACCCUCUUGGCACGGCCGUGGGGCGGGGCUCCCGGGAGCCUGCAACCCCCGUCGAGCACGGAAGGCAGAGGGUUGUGGAUGCCACGACAAUGGACACCCUUACAGUCCUAUCAUCGAAUUAAAAAUGUGCUUAAAGUGUCGGAAAAUUCCCUGAGAAUGCUUCCAACAUGUUGUUCACAUGUUUAAAGCAUGUUCAGGGCCUGCAGCCCCCGUCGAGAAUUUCGAGCACGGAAGGCAGAAGGCAGCCCGGCAGAUCGGACGGCGCGCCCCGAGGGAGACUGCCGCCGGCUGCGGGAGCCGGCGCUGGGCGUGGAGUCCAGGCACGCCGCCCCGCAGGCGCGCCUGGCUCGCCAGGGGCUGACGGACCAAUUCUAGGUGCGCGCUUCCUCCCCCCCGAC